AUGGUGGUGGCCAGUAUGAAUGGAUUUGGCAGUAUUGGGCGCCUGGUUACAAGGGCUGCCUUCUGUUCUGUACUUGGCAAUGUGGAGAUUGUUGCCAUCAAUGACCUGUUCAUUGACCCCAACUACAUAGUCUACAUGUUCCAGUAUAACUCCACCCAUGACAAGUUCAAUGGCACAGUCAAGGCUGAGAGUGGGAAGCUUGCAUCUGAGGUGCCACUGAAGGACCAGGUUGUCUCCUGUGACUUCAACAGCAAUUCUUACUCUUUCACCUUUGAUGGUGGAGCUGGUAUUGCUCUCAAUGAUAACUUUGUAAAGCUCAUUUUCUGGUAUGACAAUGAAUAUAGCUAUAACAACAGGGUCGUGGACCUCAUGGCCUACAUGACCUCCAAGGAGUAAGAAACCCUGGAUCACCCACCCCAGCAAGA